AUGAGUGAAAUUAAUGAGAACACGCUGGACCGGCACUUCGUGUCGCAGCUGCGCAUAAUGUUCGACGUCUACUCGAAGAACAUUAGCAAGUCGGACUUCGUGAUGAGCCAGCAGUGGCUGCAGGUCUUCCACAAGUCCAGCCGGGCCGAGAAAUAUGCCAGGAACUGUCUGAUGCUGCUCAUGUACGGGCAGCUGCGCGAGAUGGGCAAACUGGGAAUGCCCUUUAUCAAGAUGGAGAAUAUGGAUCGUUCGCUCGAGGAUGUGCUCAGCGACUAUCAAGGCAGUCAGGGAAUAGAGGCGGAAAUGGAGCAAGGAAAACCCAAACUGGAGAUGAUUCCAGAGGAAAUGGACUUACCGGAACUAGAUUUGGCUAACGAGGACGUGGCAUCUGCAGUGACCUCAAACAUGUCCUGCUACAACGAUAGUCGGAUGCUGCACGAACGUCUUGGAGGUGGCAGCCAAUGCAUCGACUAUGCCGACCCCAGCUUCGAGCUGCUCACGCAGCGGAACCAACAGCUCCUCAAAGAGAUCAAUCAAAUGCACGCUCGCACCAUGGAGAACGAGCAGCUCUAUCGGCAAGCCGAUACCCAUUGGCAGCAGCGCAUACUGGAGGGCCAGGGUCACCUCCCGCUGCCGCUGUCCAAGGCACGGAUGCAGUGGCUGCUGCAGCGCAUAGAUCACGGCGCACAGCUGGCCAUACGCCAGCUGAAGGACUGGGCGACAAGCACCGGACCUUUGAACUUCCUAUACAUAAGCCUACAGCACAUACUGGAAGACGACCCGGAGGCACGGAAGCUGCUCGCCGACCUGGAUCGCAAGCUGGAGGCGGUGCUGGACAACAUGCUGGAGCAGGCCGGUGAGCGUCGAGAGAAGAAUCGGGCACUGAUGCUGGCGCGCCAGCAGCUGCAGGUGCACGUACAGGAUCUGAAGCAGCGCGAGGAAAUCUUCUGGGAACAGGCGGCUGCCUCGCCCUACUUCUCAAAGCAGUCCAGAGCGAUCAGCUACAACAAGGCGGAAACAAUGCGCAGCACCAAAACCCAAACGAACAGCGACAUAUUCGAUCCCGACAGCAACAGCAGCAGCGACUUCUGUGGCUGCGACGACUGCCAGCCCGAGCUCGGGCAGCUGAGCAACCCCGAAGAUCUAAUGGACACAUACGACAAGCGCAGCUGCCAGUACUGCCAGUCGCAGCGGCCAAGGGACGUCGAGUCCAGCAGCAAAUGCUAA